GGAGGGCGGAAGUGAAGGCGGCGGGAAAAGAGGAAUUUCUCCCAUUCCCGGAUUUUUUCUGGGACCUUUUCACCCCCAGUUUUUUGGGGUCAAUUUUUCCCAAUUUUUUCCCAUUUUUUAUCCAUUUUUUGGGGAAUAUUUUGGGAUUUUUGGGCAUUCCCAUGACCAUCCACAACCUGUACAUCUUCGACCGCAGCGGCCGCUGCCUCUUCUACAGCGAAUGGCACCGGCGCAGGAGCCCGGGGAUCCCCCAGGAGGAGGAGUUCAAGCUGAUGUUCGGGAUGCUUUUCUCGCUCCGCUCCUUCGUGGCCAAGAUGAGUCCCACGGACAUGCGGGACGGGUUCGUGGCGUUCCACACGAGCCGCUACCGCCUGCAUUACCUGGAGACGGCGUCGGGGCUGCGCCUGGCGCUCAACACCGACCUGGGCGUGCCCAGCGCGCGCGAGGCGCUGCAGCACAUCUACGGCAACCUGUUUGUGGAGCUGGUGGUGAAGAAUCCGCUGUGCCCGCCCCGGGCCCCCAUCCAGAGCCUCCUGUUCCGGCAGCGCCUCGACGCCUUCGUGCGCAGCCUGCCCUACUCCGGGCCCCGAAAUCCCCAAAACUGA